ACACGUACACCUAAUGAGGUGUUUGGUUGAUGCCAGUUAACAUUUCGAUUUCUCAGCUUGUUACUUGGUUGUUAUUUUUAUAACGAAAUAUUGGAUUAGUAUAGGGUAAAACGGUGUGCGAAGGAAUAGCUCGCGCUAUGACGUCACUGACGUCACGUCACGCGACGUUCGCUUUUAUAGCGUUUGUGUUAUUUACGUCAGCAGCGGCACAAGACACAUGCGAAUAUGGAGAAACAACGUAUAACAACAGCGAUGUUUUUGCCAAGGGGGACGGUUGCAAUAACUGCACGUGCAAUGACGGAACUGUCGACUGCGAAAAAAAUGACUGCUCCGAACCAAAGCAAACUUGCGAACACGGUGGUCAAGUGUACGAUGACGGGGCGAACAUUCCAGCAGGUGAUGACUGUAACACGUGCUCGUGCUCCGACGGACAAGUGUCGUGCACCGAAAAGGCAUGCAUGGAGGAGCAAUGCGACAUGCAAUCAUUGAGGGACUGUUUCGUGAAGAUGGCAGAGUCCACGGUCUAUGUGAUGUCUAGGGCAGACAAACACUGGAUGUGCAGAUCCAGAGAGUCUGUGCACAAUUGUGUGGAGAAGCAGCUGCGACUGUGCCCGGCCCAGUUCGGGGCCCUCAUGACCAAAUUCGUCGGGCACCACGUGCAGAUGUUCGCGUCAAUUUCGGAGAUGUUCUGUGAUUAUGGUGAGUUAAUUUGA